CACGUGAUGAUGUCGCGCGUAACGCGCGUUUGUUGACGGGAUCAGAUUGGGACCAGCAUCAUCUCCUCGAGGUCGACAAAGACGUGACGACUCCACAUUUUAGACAGAAGAAUACAAUGGACGACAACAGGGAUAUUCCAGUCUACUCCGAGCGUCAUCUUGCGCUCUUCCAACGUGUCAAAGACGCCUUGGACGAACUUCCUGUGUUGCAUAAUUCAGCCAUUCCAAAGGACGAAUCCUGUGCCAUAUGUCUCACUCCCUUUGAUUCUAUACUUUCAGGCGAGAUACCUCAGGAAGGAGAAGGAGAAUUUGAAGGUGGUGUGACAGAGGUAGUGGGCUGUGGCCACUUGUUCUGUCGGAAGGACUUAUCAGAGUGGAUACGAAAUUUUCAUGGCAGUUGUCCAACGUGUCGACAUCCUUUUCUGGAUAUAAAACCGUACACGGAAUCGGACGCAGAAUCGUCUGAUGACGAAUACUUUCCCGAUGACGAUGAAGAUGAAGAAGACGACUUUUUCGGGAUGGAUGAGUUCGACGACGAACUUGAGGUAGAAGAGAUGGAAGUAGACCUGGAUGACAUUUGGGGUUAUGUUGACUUGCAUGGUGGUGAUGAGUCUGACGAUGAGGAAGAGCAUGCAGAGCCGGAUAUAAACGGUCUGUUCCAAGAGAAUCGCGGUGUGUUAUUCGACCUAUUCAUCGAAGUACACUGAUAUUCUUGCAAUAGAACAAUUAUGUAGCACAUCUGAUGCUGAGGACAGCGUAGAUGCAAAUGCUACUUGUGAUGAUCCGGCUCAUAAAUAGGUUUCUGGAGGUAACUUAUGGAUGCACAUUAAUUUCUUUUAGAUCAUCUUGUUUGUAAUAUUCUAGAGAGUGUAUGGAUUCUACAUCGAAACCCCUU